AUGAUUUUGGCUUACAGGCGCUGUACCUUGGUAUUGGGUCUGCUACUUCUCUUACAGCUGACACAAGCUAAAGAACCAGUGUCUCCCGCUGGGCAUCUCGCCAGCUUCACAUCACCAAAUCAUGCCUCGACCAAGUACUGGGCGACGACACACGAUAUCGACAAAACAACAACGCAUUAUGCGGCAAUAAAAAAUAUCUUCGCGACUUGGCCUGAUUAUCGCCGCAUUUGUACGUCACAAACGACAUACAAGCAUCUCAAAGUUGUUAUUGACCGCUCACAGCCAUUCUUCGUUGUAUUCACAGCUAUGUGUUUUUUGGCGAAUGGAACAGGAUUGGAUAUUUGGCACGUUCAGGAUGAGGAUAUUACAGCAUGCUACAAGAUCAUUUUGGUUGCCGAAUACAUGUAUGCUAUAACGUUGACUCUCACGAAACUGUCGAUACUAGCAUUCUUUCUACGGAUUUUCCCCGACCACAACUUUCGACGCAUGGUUCACGGAACUGUCGCCUUUAUCAUAGUAAUGUCCGCCACAUUUCUUGUGCUCUUCAUGCUGCAAUCAGUACCCAUGAAGGUAUCCUGGGAAGGAUGGAAAGAGAAGAAUCCAAAGGGGGUGCUCUUGAGCACAAACGCCAUUGCGACAAGCCACGGAGCAAUAAACGUCGCCUUGGAUGUGUGGAUGCUUAUCCUCCCAAUGACACAACUAUGGAAAAUAGGCAUCAAACCGAAGAAGAAAAUCGGAAUCAUGUCCAUGUUUGGCGCGGGUGCCUUGUGUGUCACACCUUUUAUGUCUGCUGCAAAAGCCAGUAUUGUUAAUAUUCCAGUAGCGGACACUGUCGAUACAGUCAUUUGGUCUAUGGUGGAAACGAGUAUAGGAAUGAUUGUUGCCUGCAUGCCAGGUGCUCGACAAUUCGUGAGGGACAUAUUAUCGCGAGUAAGACGUGGAAAGUCCACUGGAGCAAAUGACAAGGGUGGUGUCUUUAUUGAUAGGCCAUUGGCGACAAUUGUUAUGACGAGGCAGGACACCGAAAUCGAAACCGAUCACUCCUUUUCGAGUACUAUAGUGAAAGCUAAUGCGCGGAUGGAGACGGAUAGAUAG